AUGUUUCCCGGAGCCCCCAACUCCCAAAUCAGUAUUUACCUGGGCAACAUAUGGCGAAGUAUGACUUGGGAACAGCAAAAACCCUUCUUCGAAGAGGCGAAAAGAAUCCGAUACAGACAUCAGAACGAUUAUCCCGGAUAUGUGCACACGUUGUCUGCAUUGAGGGAUCCAGACUGUGAAGUGAACAAUGAAGACAAUGUUGAGAGGACAAUCCAAUUCGGUGACCAAGCUUCAUUUGACCUACAAGAAUUGUGGAAUCUUGUAGAAGGGAAUUUUUCAUCCACGCAAAAUGUCGACUCGCAAGAUUGUGCUGAUGCCAUGUCCUUGAUGAAGAUGUGUGAUUGUGAAGUUGAAGGUCAAAGAAGCUUCAAUGAAUCAACUCAGUUGGGUGACCAACCAUCACUUGAUUUGCAAGAAUUAUGGAACUUGGUAGAAAACAGUUCUCCUCCACCGACACAAAUCACCGACUCACAAGAAUGUGAAACUUGUACUUGGAUGGAUGUGCCUUGUGAAAAAGUUGUUUCCGUUGCUGCUUCCUGUGAAGUUUUGGCCUCAAACAUUGUCCCAAUGAAUCCAAUUGAAUAUACAGUCAGCUCAACAUCAUGGCCAGUCUUGGAUGACACACAAUGCCAUGAUAUACACAAUGAACCUUUAAUGGAGUCUUUCCCAGAACAUUCCAUGCAGCUCAUUGUCACUCACUCCCCAGAAACUCUCAAUGCUUCAGGAGGAACUAUUCUUCCGAAACUGAAUGACAACUGUCGAAAUUCUGUUGAAAGAGGCUGUAAGAUAUCUUGUGAAGCAGAUAAUAUGGAAAAGUGGUGGCAAUCUCCACGUGACGCUGAUUUAAUUGCUGAAUGUGAUGGUUAA